AUGUCGUUAUCCAAGUACAAAUCAACACAAGAGACCACAAACACUGCUAGACUGGCGAGGCUCAUACUGGGACCCUGUACUGAUGUGUUACGUGAAAUUCUUAAAAAGGAAAUUCCUCCGUCUGAACUGUCUAAAGAAGUGAAACAAUGGACUGAUGAUCUCAAGAAAAACAAAAAAUGGAAACAUCUAAAUCAAUCACAAGUUGACAUCAUUUUCCCCAAACCAACAUAUCAGUAUAGGGGAGACUACUCAGACUUGGAUAUAUCUAUCUUGUACAUCAUUCUUCGGAAUGUAAGUAAAAUACCUCCACAUUCUAAGGGUUGGGGCGAGAAUCCAGAUCCAGCCGAUAGAAGUGUUGCCGCGAAUAUCGAACGAAUUCGACUUCUGCGGAAUAAAUACUACGGCCACUCUGCCGAUAUAUCUCUUUCCAACUCAGAAUUUAGUCAGGAAUGGCAAAACAUCUUGGAUUUCGUUGUUGAAAUGGAGCGACAUAUAGGGACGUCAACUAUGUACCAGGAAUCUGUGAAGGAAGCCAAAACUUGCUCUAUGGACCCUGAAAUUGAACAUAGAUACAUUAGCCGACUUGGGGUUGUUGAUGUCCUACAGUCAUCUAUGUCUAAAUUAUCAGAGAAGCUGAGUGACAUAGAAAAGAAACUAAAUUUGCGCAUCGAUCCAGAACUUGAAAAAUCAAUAGAAGCAACAAUGGUAAUGGUCAACGAUCAUCAUAAGGAAACGGAGAAAGUCCUUGUUAAAACCCGGGCAUUUGACAGAGCAAAGAAAUUGUUAGAGAAAAACAGACACGUGGUGAUUAAAGGUGUACCUGGAGCAGGGAAAACUACACUAGCAAACUGUUUGUUGAAAAUUUUUAUGGAUAGAGGGAAACGACCUUUUCAAGUCUUUGAGAUGUCCAAACUCUACGGACGGGUGUCACCAUUUGACAACUUGGCGAUAUUCAUCGAUAAUGCGUUCGGUAAAUCAUCAUUUUCUAUAAACGAAUUUAAUGAUUUCAUAAAUAUGAAAAACAUCAUAGAAUCUCUUGUGAAAUCCUACGACAGUGGAAUGGGAAAUAUCCUUAUAUUGACAGUCAGAAACGAUAUUUAUAUGGAAAUUGCCGCUAAACAGAAAAGUGACGGUUUACUUUUUACAUCAGUGACUGAUUUAUCAAUCGGUGAGUAUGCUUUAGAAUCUGAAGAGUUCAUCAUGUUUCUGAACAAUUAUAACCUUCCAGAAAAUAUUACAAAAAACGUAAAAUUAAGACAGGUCGAUUUAUACUUACCCUUGGGAUUUCCACAGUGUUGCAGACUAGCUCGUGAGAAUCCUGAUUUCGGAAAUGAUCUUUCAAAUUUUCUCAGUAGUCCUUCUGAUUUCCUCAAAGAGUAUUUGAAAACUCUGAUAUCAGAAAGAGCUGUUAAAACGGCAGUGCUGAUAUACAUUCUACUGAAAGGUGAAAAUGUGGAUUCCUCGCUGUUCUCUGAUCAGAAAGAUCGGAAAAUGAAACUGAUUGCAUUAAAUAUGCUUGAAUUAAGUCCCCAUCGUCUCAGUGAAUUUCAUGAAAGUGUUAAGGUUUUUGAAGAAAAAGGUUUGAAUAUUACUGCACAGACCCUUGAUGGCGAAAACAUCCUUCAUAUUGCAUCUAAACAUGAGAAAGGUUUGGAUAUUAAUGCACUGUCAAAUGAUGGGAAAAGUGUCCUUCAUAUUGCAUGUCUUAAAGGUAUGUAUGAUGCGUGUGAGUACCUUCUCACUAAAUAUCCUCAAUUACUUGACGUCAAAGACAAGAAGGGAUACACAGUUUUACACUAUGCAUGUGCAAACGGAGACAGGAAAUUGAUUUCUUUUCUGAUAGAGAAAGGUUUGGAUAUUGAUGCACUAACAAAUAAUGGGGAAAGUGUCCUUCAUAUUGCAUGUUUAUGCGAGAAUGGUUUGGAUAUUAAUACACUGACAAAUAAUGGGGAAAGUGUCCUUCAUAUUGCAUGUUUAUGCGGGAAAGGUUUGGAUAUUAAUGCACUGACAAAUAAUGGGGAAAGCGGCCUUCACAUUGCAUGUUUAUAUGGUAUGUAUGAUGCAUGUGAUUUCCUUGUCACUAAUUUCCCACAAUUAAUUGAUGUCAAAGACAAUAACGGUGAAACAGUAUUGCACAAAGCAUGUGAAAAUGGAGACAGAAAAUUGAUUUCUUUUCUGGCAGGGAAAGGUUUGGAUAUUAAUGCACUGACAAAUAAUAGGGAAAGUGUCCUUCAUAUUGCAUGUUUAUAUGGGAAAGGUUUUGAUAUUAAUGCACUGACAAAUAAUGGGGAAAGUGUCCUUCAUAUUGCCUGUCAUGAUGGUAAUUAUGAUGCAUGUGAGUUCCUUAUCACUAAUUAUCCACAAUUAAUUGACGUCAGGGACGAUAACGGUUACACAGUGUUACACUCUUCAUGUGAAAAUGGGAACAGAAAACUGAUUUCUUUUCUGAUAGAGAAAGGUAUGGAUAUUAAUGCACUGACAAAUAAUGGGAAGAGUCUCCUUCAUAUUGCCUGUCAUGAUGGGAAAGGUUUGGAUUUUAAUGCACUGACAAAUAAUGGGGAAAGUGUCUUUCAUAUUGCCUCUCAUGAUGAGAAUGGUUUUGAUAUUAAUGCACAGACAAAGAUUGGGAAAAGUGUCCUUCAUAUUGCAUGUUUUUAUGGUAAUUAUGAUGCAUGCAAAGGUUUGGAUAUUAAUGCACUGACAAAUAAUGGGAAAAGCGUCCUUCACAUUGCAUGUUUUUACUGUAACUAUGAUGCAUGGAAAGGUUUGGAUAUUAAUGCACUGACAAAUAAUGGGGAAAGUGUCCUUCAUAUUGCCUCUCAUGAUGAAAUGGAGACAGAAAAUUGA